CUGCUAGUUGUGCACCAGCGCAACACUCAGCGGCCACUUGCAAACUUUUGCGUCUUUGAGCUGCAAAACCCGAAAGUGGAGAGGCUCCGUGGGUCCGCGGCAGUGAACGACCGCUGGGUUUCCGUGCGUCGGGAUGUUGGCGGACGUCUGCGGCUUGUCCACGCAGACAGUAACGUGUGGGUCUGGUUCCCGUGGAUUACGCUCCUGAAGAAUAACAACAUACAUGGAGUCUAACCACGCGGUCUAAACAAAGAAGAAUGACCAUGGAUUUUUCGCAGCUGCACACAUAUACGCCGCCACAGUGUGCUCCAGAGAACACCGGCUACACCUACUCUCUCAGUUCCAGCUACUCCACAGCAGCGUUAGAGUUUGAGAAGGAGCACCAGAUUGCUCCCGUGUACGAGUCGCCCAGGAUGUCACGGCGGAGCCUGCGUCUGCAGACCACUGCCGGUCACUAUGGCAACGAGAGCCUGGCCGAUCCCACUCAGAACCACAGCAACAGCAGCAGCUACACCAGCACCAGGAGAGAGACACGGACACAGCGGAGCAAAAAGCAGCAGUCCAACUUACUGUCUCUAUCUCUGAGCCAAGUAGCCACCCCGAGGAAAACCCUCUCCUUCUCAGCUGCUAGCACCCCGGUCAACAACAGUGGCAGCAUUCAGGAAAGCAAUACGGUGUCCGACGCCGCCCUGCACAGCUCCAUCCAGGACCAGUCCCGAAUGAGACGACGCACCAUCACCACAACCACCACCACCACCUCUAUGUCUGUGGGUGGUCAUUGGGGGAAGACCUCCAGCACCGAACACUGCUCAUCAAAAGUAAACGGCGACACCAGCGUUUCAGAGGCGCACGCCUCGCUCGCUAAUGGCUACAUCUGCAAAGACUGCUCUUUGCACUCUCAGGAGACUGACUCGCUUAUCAAACGGUCGUCGCCGUACUCUUCAUCUCAGUCUGCAGAAGCUUCCAUUGACAGCCCUGCCUCCUCGUCUUUAAACUUCACAAGUAUAUACUCCAGAGACACGAGUCGGAGGAACAAGACAGGUGUCCUGAUGUCUGUGUCUAACACGUGUAUACGCUACAGCAAACGGGUCCUGGCCCCCAUCGUGUCCUUAGUCACCCUGGUCUUCAACAAUGUGCUGUGGCUGGGCUCACAGGCCAGGAGCUCUCAAGGAAAAGGUGUUCUUGUUUCGUUGUCGGCCUCAAUGAGACGAGCAGCGUCCUCCGGUGUGACCCGACUGUGGCUGUUUAAGCAGAACACUCUCCACAGGAUGAUGGGCUACAGAGCUAAUGGCUAUGAAGGACAAGCUCACACAAGUUUCUGUGGAAGCAUGAAUGUCAAGGAUCUGGUGACUGAGGAUGCAUCACAUCUUAAUCUCAAUGGUUCCCUGUGUGAUGACUGUAAAGGGAAGCAGUAUUCUGAGACACACUCCAUCCUCCUCAAACAGUCCUCCAGGUCUCGACGCCUUGGGGGGGCGCUGUGGAGCGUCCUAGCUUACUCAGGUUACUGCCUGCUGCAGCCGGGAUACUGUGUGGUGAGAGCGGGCAAAGCUUUGGGUUCAGGGGUCGGGACAGUGGCUCAAAAGUCGCUCUCGCUGUUUUGGAUGCUCCUGGCAACUCCAGGUGAUGACUGUAAAGGGGAGCAGUAUUCUGAGACACACUCCAUCCUCCUCCAACAGUCCUCCAGGUCUCGACGCCUUGGGGGGGCACUGUGGAGCGUCCUAGCUUACGCAGGUUACUGCCUCCUCCAGCCGGGAUACUAUGUGGUGAGAGCGGGCAAAGCUUUGGGUUCAGGAGUCGGGACAGUGGCUCAAAAGUCACUCUCGCUGUUUUGGAUGCUCCUGGCAACUCCAGUGAAGACAGGCAGGGGACUCGUGUGGUUUCUUGCAACAGGAUGGUACCAGCUGGUGUCUGUCAUGUGUCUCCUCAACGUCUUCUUUCUGACACGAUGCCUUCCCAAACUUUGGAAGCUCCUGCUGUUCCUCCUGCCUCUUCUGCUCCUCCUUGCUUUAUGGUGGUGGGGUCCGUCCACUUCUGCCCUACUUGCCUACCUCCCUGCUAUAAACCUCACCGAGUGGCGACGAGUGUCUCCCUUGACUCUCCUGUCUAACUUGGUGCCAGUGUCUGCUCCAGCUCCCGCCUCUGUUCAUACACCAGAGACCCCCCUGCAGCAGACCCCAGCCACCCCAGUCUCACAGGCACCACCGAUCCUUCCACCCAUGGUAGUCUCCUCUGUGGACCUGGAGCGUCUUGAGCGUGUGGAACGCCAGCUUGCUCUGCUAUGGUCGCAAGUCCAGCAGGGGGACCAGAAGCAGGAAGAGCGUCACGGGGACGUCCUGGGUCUCUACAGCACGCUGAGGGAGCACAUACACUCUCAGACCAACAGGGAGAGCCUGGAACUGUGGGUGUCCUCCCUGCUGGAGCAGAGGCUGGGCAUCCUGCGUGGAGAGCUGGAGCAAGAGAACACACACAGGUUGCAGAGUGAAGAGCAGCAGAAACAACAACAAGAGAGUCGGGCAGCGCGACUGGCUGAUUUAGAAUUGCUGCUGAAAGCUCUGGCUGCAAAGACUGAGGAGGUGCAGCAGAAGCAGCAGCAGUUUGAGCACGAGAGGGAGGAGAAGGAGAAAGAGGUUGUCAUUGCUGCGGCACCCACGGCACCUAUCAGCGUGGGAGUAAACCAGGAGGACCACGACGCUUUGCUCGCCGAGGUGCAGAGACUUGAGUUGGAGCUGAGUAAAAUAAGAGGAGACCUGCAGGGUGUUGUGGGAUGCAAGGGCAAGUGUGAGCAGCUGGACAACCUGCGGGAGACGAUCACAGCCCAGGUGUCCUCUCAGGUGCGGAAGGAGUUGCAGGUUCUGUUCUUUGGCAGUGGUGGGUCAGGAGAGGGGCAGGGGGAGGUGCCCGAGUCCCUGAUCUACUGGCUGUCCCAGCGCUACGUGAGCACACCGGACCUGCAGGCCUCACUGGCCGCACUAGAACUGAACAUCCUGAGAAACGUGUCGCUGCAGAUGGAGCUUAGCCGAGCUCAGACCCUGGGCGAAGCAGAGUUUCAAGCUAAGACCAUUGUCAAGACCGUAACCGGGAGUGUCCAGCACACUGUUUCUGCUGAGGGACUGAAAGAAGAGCAAGUGAAUCUGAUUGUCCAGAACGCCUUGAGGCUCUACUCCUAUGACCGAACAGGCCUGGUGGACUACGCCCUGGAAUCUGGUGGUGGCAGUAUCCUCAGUACCCGCUGCUCGGAGACAUACGAGACCAAGACGGCCCUCAUGAGUCUGUUUGGCCUGCCACUCUGGUACUUCUCCCAGUCCCCACGUGUUGUCAUCCAGCCUGAUGUGUACCCAGGUAACUGCUGGGCAUUUAAAGGCUCUCAGGGCUAUCUGGUGAUCCGACUGUCCCUGAGAAUCCUGCCCUCGUCCUUCUGCCUCGAGCACAUCCCCAAGGCCUUGUCUCCAACUGGAAAUAUCACCAGCGCCCCUCGCAACUUCACUGUCUACGGUCUAGAUGAUGAGUACCAAGAGGAAGGGAAGCUGCUGGGACACUACACAUACCAGGAGGAUGGGGAGUCACUGCAAACGUUCCCUGUCAUGGAGCAGAACGACAAAGCCUUCCACAUCAUCGAGGUGCGGGUUCUGUCUAACUGGGGUCACCCGGACUACACCUGCCUUUACCGCUUCAGGGUCCACGGAGAACCUCGGCCUCAGUGAACCAACCACUGCCGUACACACUCAUCAUAUAUGACAUAUCACGCGAUCUGUACAUAGCUCUCGCCGACUUCUUACAAAUGGAGGGGACUUGGUGGCACUUUGUGGACGUUUUUGAAUGAAAGCCAUGAAAACACAAAGGGUCCUGGGUUGAUAAAGGAAUGUGCCCGGACGGAAUCACAAACAUGUUUUUUGAUACUGAAGGAAUCACUGGAGAGUCUGUGUGGAUUGUUUAUGUCGCAGAAGAGGAAUAGAACCAUGGAAGAAGCUAAAAGUUCCAGUCCCCUUUUUGUAAAAGGCUUGUUGCACUGAAUUAGCCUGCGAGGGCACCAAGCUCCACUGAGCAGGCAAAUCCAACCCCCCCCCCCCCCUGCUUGGCACCUUCCACUUCUAAAGGAGGGUGGAUGCUUAAAAUGGGGGAGUCGACUCAUCUCCACUGUUUCCUCACACACUGUGCAUCUCUGUCCGGUUUGGUUUCUGUUGUUAAUUAUCUUUAUUUAACUUUAUUGUCCUGGUAGAAUCAGGAUGCACCUAUUUUUUUUGUGGCGCUGUCCCGGCCCGUUACUCCCUUUGUUGCUGUCAGGUCUCAGCAGUGGCUUUAACUGGACGGCCUGCUGGACUGCACCACACUCACUGUGGGUUUAUACUGGACACGCUAGGUUCACAACAUUCAAGGUUGGCAGCAUGCAUCCACAUAGCCACAAGUAAGAUUUCCUCUUCCUUGAACUGAACAUGCUGCCUAUGGAAAAGCUCUGAAUGUUUUCUCAAGUGGAGGCUUGAUGCUAGUCGUACUUUAACUAAACAGAAACACUAUACUUGACCUCUGACCUGCGCUCUGUGUUGGGAUUAUUAAAGAGGCUCUACACUACGUACAUUUGUCAGAAUAUGUGUAUGGUGAUGGAUGGACUGCAGGAUUGAUGCUAGCAUGCGACUCUCAGAACGAUACUGUUAAACUUUUUACAUGCAUCGUGGAUUUGCAUUAUAGAGUGUGUCCUCUCCCAAAGUUUGAGUCUUGUGCCUGGACCUCAGAUUACAGAUCAAUGUGGAAACCUAAAUAAUGUAACUUCUCCUGUUUGACAAGUGUGAUUUUUUUUUUUUUCUUUUCCGUUUCUAUCCCGAGGAGACUCUGUCCCUCGAGCUCAGUUCUAAACGUCCUCCUCACGCGGGCUCCCUCUAUUCUGAAACCCUGAAGGAAUGUAAUCUGUAUAUUUUGCUGUUGAUAGUUGGUCCUUUUAAAUCUGCUUUUAUCAGUGUUGCUUUAUAAAAAAAUCAUCCUGUCAUUAUCAUUAUUGUAUUACUAUUAUUUCUACUGUUACUCCUUGUGUUGUUUUUUUGUUUUUUUAGGGGGGGAGAAUAGUGUCAGAGAAUGCACUGCAAUAACCUGUUAGAGAAAUAUUUGGCACAGGUCUUCACGAUUUGUUUUUCUUUCUUCAAAUGAGGGUUUGUGUAGUCACCACUUUUGGUCGCAAAUAUGGGGAAGUCUAAAAU